AUACAAUAACAAUAAGAAUAAAUACAAUAGAAAUGGUUCCUAGGUUAAUCAGAGACAGUUUUGUAGGAAGAUUGGUUUACAAUCUUUCUGGCCAUAAAUACUUUACAUACCCUGAAGAACAUGUAGACUAUAUUAUACCUGAACAAUACUUGAAUGAAUACAAGACAGAAAACUUUGAUAAAGUUGAAGUUGAAACUAUUGGUUCUAGCAUUUCUGAUGCUUCCGAUACUACUAAAGUUCAACAAAAUGAUGAUAUAAUAGUAACUUGGGAUGGUGAAGAAGAUCCAGAAAAUCCCCAAAAUUGGUCUGUUGCCAAAAAAGCAUUUGUCAUUUUCCAAGUUUCGUUUUUAACUACUUCAGUAUAUAUGGGUUCUGCCGUUUAUACUCCAGGUAUUGAACAAAUUAUGGAAGAAUUUGGUAUCGGCUCUGUGGUUGCUACUUUACCAUUAACCCUUUUCGUUCUUGGUUACGCUAUUGGUCCAUUAGUUUUUAGUCCCCUUUCUGAAAAUGCCGCCUUUGGAAGAAAUUCAAUUUAUAUUUACACAUUAGCAUUAUUUGUCAUUUUGCAAAUCCCAACUGCAUUGGUGGAUAACAUUGCCGGUUUAUGUAUUUUGAGAUUCUUGGCUGGUGUUUUUGCAUCCCCUUGUUUAGCCACUGGUGGUGCUACCGUUGCUGAUGUUUUGACUCCUCCAUAUGUCCCGGUUGGUUUAGCUUCUUGGGCUUUGGGUGCAGUUUGUGGACCUUCAUUUGGUCCAUUUUUCGGAUCUAUUUUAGUUGUCAAGGGUGGUUGGAGAUGGACAUUUGGAUUUAUGGCUAUUGUUUCUGGUUUUGCUUUGAUUGUUUUAUCAUUCACCUUCCCAGAAACUUAUGGUAAGACUUUAUUAUACCGCAAGGCCAUGAGAUUAAGAGGUAUUACUGGUAAUCAAAGAAUCACCAGUGAAGGAGAAGUUGAAAACAGAAGCAAGACUACUAGUCAAAUCGCCGUUGAAACUUUAUGGAGACCAAUUGAAGUGUUUAUUAAAGAACCUGUUGUUCUUAUGAUCAACAUGUACAUUGCCUUGGUUUACAGUAUCUUUUAUCUUUUCUUUGAAGUCUAUCCAAUCUUCUUCCAAGAAAUAAGAGGAUUCACCUUGAUUGAAUUAGGAACUACUUAUUUCGCCACUAUCAUUGGUAUUGUCAUUGCUGCUGUGAUUUACAUCCCUAUAGUUUAUCAAGUUUUUACCAAGAGAAUUCUUAACGGUAAGGGCGUUCAGCCUGAAGUAUUCAUGCCUAUUGCCAUUGUUGGUGGUGUCUUAAUGCCAGUUGGGUUAUUUAUUUUUGGUUGGUCAGCAACUACUCACACCCAUUGGAUUGGCCCACUUAUUGGGGGUGCCAUUUUCGCUGCUGGUGGGUUCUUGAUUUUCCAAACUAUGUUCUCCUUCAUUGCUGGAUCAUUCAUGUACGUUGGAUCCAUUUUUGCUGGUAACAAUUUAUUCAGAUCAAUUACCGCUGGUUGUUUCCCAUUGUUUGGUAGACCAUUAUACAACAACUUGGCCACCAAGGAAUUUCCAGUGGCUUGGGGUACUUCUAUCUUGGCAUUCCUUGCUCUUGCUAUGAUUGCUAUUCCUGUUUUGUUUUAUUUGAAUGGUCCUAGGUUAAGGGCUAGAUCAAAGUUUGCUUUGCAAUAUUAGUCGGUUUGGGUAUUAUAAUAGAGUUUUAAUAGAUAAUAGACAAUUAAUUUGAUUGAACAUUACGUUAAAGUGUAGCAGUUUAUAAAGUUUUAUACAAGUUUUGGGCCAAAUUUUUACGAAAUCUAAUCAUAUUUUUGCAGCC